AUGUGUACGCCAAAAAUCAAAGAGAUUUUCUCUUAUAAAUAUGUGACAAAUAUACUCGAUGAUCGUGUUAUAUCUCCAUGUGACGGACGUGAGGAUAUUUUUGUUGAUAAACUUAUGGAUUUGUCAAAUUUAUCAUUUUCUCUUACACAGAAUGAUAUAAUAGGUCAUGGUGUCGUCAAGUUUAUAAAAGUUUUUCCGCCCGGUGAAAAGUUUCAGUUGAGAAUUGUACCAUAUGUAAAAAAACAAGGAUUUUGGGUUCGGUGUGUCUUUUCCGUCUACCGUCCAGAUUUAUGUGCAUCUCUUCUUAAACCAAAUGAAGUGUGGCAUAACUCGGUGAAACCUUUUGAAGAAGAAUUAAAAGUGUGUCCUCCUGAGAAAGGCGUCAUAUUGGAUUUUACAAACUUGACUUGUUCAAUUACAUUUGAAUUUAGUGAUCGCAAUUUGGUUGGUUCAUAUAAAGUAGUUACAACUUUAGUGGGAAAUAAAGGAUCAAAUUUUUGUGUACAAAUUUUAAUGGAUUUGAAUAUAGCUUCAGAAUAA